GGUCACAACAAAUAUGACGGCUCUCCUCACCGCGUUCGAUACUGCGGGGCGUCUCUUUCCGGCGCAGUAUGCUGGGAUGCUGAUGCUGAGGCACUUCGUUGAUCUGUAGCAUCCUCUUUUACCUCAAUGUUUGUCGACAUGUUGUAUUGUCUGAGGUGGCAGCACUGCGUUGACCUCUGUCUGGGUGGUCUUCUUCUAUUUUUAGCGGGGCUGCAGCAGGUGGAAGCAGCAGCCGCCACCACGGAGAUGGCCAACUUGAACUGGAAGCCGUUUAUCUACGGAGGGAUGGCCUCGAUUGUCGCAGAAUUCGGCACAUUUCCCAUUGACCUUACUAAGACCAGACUACAGGUCCAAGGUCAGUCUCAGUACACAGAGGUGCGCUACAGAGGCAUGUUCCAUGCUCUGUUCAGGAUCGGGAAGGAGGAGGGCAUUCGGGCGCUCUACUCUGGAAUUUCCCCGGCUCUUUUGAGACAGGCUUCUUACGGGACAAUCAAGAUAGGAACCUACAAUUCUCUGAAGAGGCUAUUUGUCAGUCAGCCAGAAGAUGAGACGAUGGUCAUCAACGUCUUCUGCGGUGUCGUGUCUGGAGUCCUGUCGUCCUCUUUGGCCAACCCUACAGAUGUUCUCAAGAUCAGAAUGCAGGCACAGGGCAGCCUGCUCCAAGGCAGCAUGAUGUCCAACUUCAUCAACAUCUACCAGACAGAGGGCACCAGAGGGCUGUGGAGAGGUGUCAUCCCCACAGCACAGCGAGCAGCUAUUGUUGUCGGAGUGGAACUUCCUGUCUAUGACAUAACAAAGAAGCACCUCCUUCGUUCCGGCCUCAUGGGAGACACUAUUUUAGCACAUUUCAUUUCAAGUUUUGCAUGUGGCUUGGCGGGGGCACUGGCCUCCAAUCCUGUAGAUGUGGUCAGAACUCGAAUGAUGAACCAGCGAGUUUUGUCUGGAAACCCCAUUUACAAAGGAACAUUGGAUGGACUGAUGCAGACGUGGAGGAAUGAAGGCUUCUUUGCUCUUUACAAGGGAUUUUGGCCUAACUGGCUACGACUGGGACCUUGGAACAUCAUUUUCUUCAUCACCUUUGAGCAGCUGAAGAAGCUCCCAUUUUAACAAGAGCCGGUAGUGCGACUGUGUGGGUCGGUUGGACUGUGUCAGAGAUAAGUGGGGCAUGAGCAUGGCACCAGACGAUUUGGCAAAUCUAUAUUCACACUCCCUUUGAACGAAAACCAGUUUCAUUUCAAGGUUGUUUUUUUUGUUUUUUUAUUGUUACUGAUUCUGUUUUAAAGACUGCUGUGGUUAAUGAUUUCGCUCACCAUUUCACACUCCUCAGGCAGCUAAAUGCGUAGUUCUAGCAAAAGAGGGAAAGCUUAGAGGACAAUGUGUUUUGUUUUGUUUUUCUCAGCUGAUGAGAAAUAGAUUAGUGUGGAUUGCAUGACGGGAUUUUUAAACUUGGGCUUUCCGAGGACAGAGUGAAAAUUUCUAAUUAUUUGCUCAGGAUUCUUAGACACAGCUGACGCACGUACGGAGGAAAAAGGGCGUUAGAUUUUAAAAAGAAUGUGUAGAAAGCUUUGUUUUAGGGGAAAGAUGGCGCAUGAAAUUUGCUCAGAAAAUCUCAUUUUAACUGCUGAAUAGAGGAAUGGUGCGAAUGAGUGGUACACGUGACAAAGUGACUGUUACUGGUAGUCACAGUAAUAAGAGAGAUGAAGUUACAACAGAGUUGACACUGUUACAGAGAGAUGAUGGCUCUUCCAGUGAGCUUUUUGUUCAUCUAAAGGUUUUUGUUAUUCAUUUGUUCUGUUUUGUUGUUUUACAGUCAGAAAUCUGAACCAUCUGAGCCUGUGAAGAGUAAAUAGCACAUCAGCUCUUAUUAAGAAGUACUUGAUUCAAAGCAGCAGCCAAUCCUUAACAAAAAGGUUGUUUUGUUUAUUUUUUUCAGUUCUGUUCACAUCCAUCUGAAUCAGUAUUAGGAUGUAGUCGGUGGUGGGCAGAGAGCUUGCUGCCACACAAACAAGAGAACAAUCAGUACAUAGUGUAAAUGUAUGUACAGACACAUUCACACUCAGAGGUGGAUGUAUUUUACCUGAGGCAUGUUCCUGUACAUACAAGGCCUUAUCGUUCCUCUUUUAACCUCAGUUCCUGUGCCAAAUUGCGUCCCGUCCCGAACUUGCACUUGGUCUUUGUAAUAAGUCACUGUAGUUGAUGUAGAUUACUCGGUGACAUGUGCACAUUUGUAAAUCACAUUCUCUGAACUCCACCCAUGUAAAACAGACCAGACAUAUUUACAUUUAUUUUUAACUGCUUGUUUAAAUUUUAUUUAAAAUAAACAUUUUCUUUCCUCAUUUUGUGUCUGGGUGCUGGUCAAAUUCAGUUUUUUUUUUUUGCUUAAUUUAUCAAAAUCCUUUAACAGCACUGUUAUAGGCAGCCGUGCUCUUUAGGUUAUAUUUGACUAAUAUUUCAUAAACCAGCACCACGUUGGUCAUACUCAUCCACAUAGCUGUGCCAUCUUUCUCUCAAAUGCUAAAAAAAACCCUGAUUGGAUUUUGUGAAUCCGUUUCUUCUUGUAAUUGCAUCACCCAGUCUCCUCUAGUUUUGAUUAAAAGACGCACACGGUGUCCACUGGUACUGAAUCAUUGCAGCUGCAGAAAUGUCUGGGUUUUGUUUUUUUGUUUGUUUGUUUUUUUUAGGCUGCUUUUGCACUACGUACAGUAGUCCUCCUUUCCUGCCCUUUAAUUACAUGUGCUUAAUAAUCUGGCCCUGAGAGCGCUUUACUUUGUCUCAGCAUCUCAACUCUUCUCUAUCAUGCUUGCUUGUCUCUUUCAAACACCUUUGGGCAGCACUCUUCCAUAGGAGCAUUAGGAUCAUAAUUUUAUGCAUCUUGUAGUUUAAUUGGAACAAUUUGUUAACUGCGUAACACAAUUUUCAUAAAGGCAGCUGUUUAAGUGCCCUGCUUAAGCCUGGGCCUUUGUGUACUCUAAUGAUGCUAAUCAAACAAACGGGGCACAUGGUACCCACCGAGUUCUCCUUAAUUGAGCCUGACUUUAAAAUCCUAAGUAAAACAGACAGUCUUCCAGUGUAAAUGCUGUCGUCCUGUGCACAGUUUUUAAAGUGACUAAUGGUGAAUAAAGUUUUCCGAGGAGGAGUUGGUAGGUUUUACCUGUCCUCAAACUGCUGUAGCAUUUAAUUUCUUUUCCAGUUUGUGCUCCAGAGUUUGUAGUGAGCCGUUUCACUUUGCGUCUUUGUACGUCUAAGUGUGACGUGCUGCUUUCAGAGGUCACUUUAAAAUAGGUUUUCCUGGAGUCCUGGGAGCGUUGUGCUGUUACAGCCUUACACUGUACAUCAAUCACCUGUUAGAGAUGAUAUUCUGUAAUUAUAUUCUUCCAGUCCUGUUCUGACAGCUCAUCACUGCACUGAGUGUACGGAGUACUGAUUUUUUGCACUUCAGUUUUAUUUUUUGUCUGCACACUGGUAAUCUGAGUACAAGGUUUAAUCCACGGAGUGGGUUAAAGACUCAGGUGGAGAUGCAGCUACACAGGGAUGUUUUUCAUAACAUGGGUACAUCUGAAAACAAAGAUGUGUCUUCAGUUUUGGCUUCAGUCCACACUUGAGUAACAAUGCUGCAGUUCUAAGUCUGUUUAAUAAUUUCUUUUAUUAAAAAAUAUCAGCAGGGAAUUCUAGGCAGAAGGAAAAAGUGUAGACCUGCCUGAUUUCAAACUUGGGUUUUUGUUUUGUUUGUUAAAUUAAAUUGUUUUGUUUCCUCCUCAAUAACUUCCAUUAAUAUACUGAAGUACUUUAAACAUAUGCUGCAGUAUAUGUUUAUAAUGCUUUUCUUGGAUGGAAACCUUUGAUGUGCAAACAGCAUUUUCAGAUGUAUCCAUGUAAAUGUGGAUAAUAUUGAACAUUUAGUUAAUAUACAAUUGUCUUCGAUUCAUGCAACAUGAUACAUGUAAACUAAUUUUUUUUUUUUUAAAUGAUGAAAUUACUGGAAAACCAAAUUGUCAUUUGGACUGAAGAACUUUAACUUUAAUUCUCUUUGGACAAACCUUUUCAAGCUGUUAACUUGGGUAAAGGAUGGUACACAAAAACAUAAUUAUUUAUUAAAUCUGAGUAUAACGGCUACUUUUUGCACAUUGUUGUGAAUGUAAAUGUGAUUGUGAUACUCAGACAGGUAAAUGAUGAGGCUUUCUGUCGUGUACUUAUUUAUGAACAGAGCUGAACUGAACAACAGUUGAAGGUCUGUUCAUUUAAAUUUACAGAACACGUUUUCAUCUCACUCCUUCUAAUGUUCUGUAAAACCAGGAGUGCUGACUGACAUUCGCUCUCAUAUUUCAUGUUUCCACGAAUGUAUGUCACAGUGGGGUAAUUCACUUACUGCUCAACCUGUUUUUCUGCUUUCCAGUUUCCCCUGUGAUAUGUCUACAGUUCAGAUGAUGAAUGCUCAUAAUAUCAGCAACAUAGAAAUAAUCCCUGUAAUUCAAAACCCCAGGCUUCAGAUUGCUCUAAAUGGCAAGUUUCAAGUCUUUUUUUUUUUUUUUUUUUUGGGUGGGCGCGGGGGGGGGGUGUUCUCCUCAAAUUUAAAUGAAUGAUGUCAAUCAGGGUGGAUACCCCAAAUAUGGUCAUCUUAUGUACAGGGCUGUGGCUGUGACCACAGAGGCCCCACCCACAUGCUGCGUGUGUGUCAGGGACAGCCAAUUUAGAGGGUUUGAUUCAGACACAGGAUGAAUUGAGGGGCUGAGCAAGUGUCCAGUCUAAGAUAAAUGGGAUCAUUUGAAAUUGAGAACUGUGUAAAUCCACUGUAGUACAGUCCAACGGUAAAACCACGGAGCUGGAAAUUCACUGUAAUGUUCUGUGAACUGUUCAGCUUUUAAAUGUCCAAAGGUUUCUCUUCUUUUCUGAUUGUCAAAUAUUUAGAAUCAUGAUUGUACAGGGUCAUUUUAUGUUUGAAGAUGACAUUUCAAUUUUUUUUUUUUUUGGCUGAUCUUAUGUGACAAUCUGUAGAUUUGUCUAUUUAUUCGACUGUCUUCAGUUAACCUGAAGUCAAGACAUGUUUAUUUUAUUUGUUUGGGUGAUUUUAUUUAAACUGUUCAGGUGCUAUGUGUCAACCACAUUAUUUCACAUUUUCGGGCCUAGUAAUUUUUCCCACCGGUGUGUGCCAUGUUGUUAUUUAUUUUUACUCUUAUUAACAAAACUAAAACACUGUUACACUGACUUAACGGCCAAUAAUUUAGUGUUAAAUUUUGAGCAUUUGGCAUCAAUGAUCUUUGUGAUGCAGGGGAAAUGGGUUUUUCUGGACACGUAGUGUAUUGUUUUUAUUGUUUAGUCAUACUUCAUGAAAACAUGUAAUUGAAGGUUGGAUUUCAUCUAUUAAAGGCAAUGUUUCUUGUCCUGAUGGGUCCGGACACACUUAAAUUUCAUCAUUUUACUGUUUAAAGUAACUUAAUUAUGAAACUUUGUAACUGCCAAAUUUUCGUCUUCUUUUAAAGUCUGAAAGCA